UUGGAGUCCACUUCGAAGUAACCGUAGAUACUACUCCUCCAUUUCUUUCUUGUUUCUCGUGCUAGCAAUGGCGGAAGAACCAGCAGCGAACCCUUGUUGUUCUGUGUGGAAAUUUCAAUACACGGAGGUGGUAGCGAAAAGGAAUGCUCUUCGAGAAGCCGUGAAUCUUCUGAGUGCUCAUAUCAAUAAGAUUGAGGCUGAGAAUCUUACUCUCUCUAAAGCCUUAGAGGAGGAGCGAGCACGAGUAGAGGCGGAGAAAGAUGCAAAAGCUAAAGAAUCUGUUGUUAGAGUAGAGUUAGAGAAUGAGGUCCUGCAGUUGAAAUCAGAGAUAACCUCCUUGCAGGAAAAUGUUUAUGCUAGAGAGGAAUUGCUUCAGACUCAGAUUUCACAAGGGGAAGCAGAAAGCAAAUGUCUCAAGGAGCUUCUUGAGAAAGAAAUGAAGAGGGGAGAUGCUGAAAACAAGAAGGAUGAAGCGGAGAAGAGUAAUCUGGGUGGAGGAACACAGAUGAUUGAUAAAGAUUUGAUUCAAAAGCAGGUCUCAGCUGAAGUAAAUCGUUUCAAGGAGCUACUGGCGAAAGAAAUGAAGAGAGAAGACUCCGAUAAAAAGAAAGCUCUAGAAUCAUCCGGAUUACCGGAAGCUGAAAAGAGUAAAACUGAUGGAGAGGAAAUGAUGGUUGAUAUAGAAAGAAAUCAAGUUGAGGAACUUAGGCCACUUUGGAAGCCUUGAAAUCCGAGGCGUGUGAAGCCAGAAUAAAACUUCGUACAGAGAGGUCAAAGUAUGAAGAAGCAAAGAAAAAGCUAACAGCUGAGAAAUUCAAGGCAAAUAGGGAGAAGAAAAGAGCGGAUUCCGAAAAGGCAAAAGCAGAGCUGCAGAAGAGGCGUGCUUAAGAAGAGAGGAAGAAGCUAUUGAAUGAAGAAUAUAGGUCAGAUGAAUUGGCUAAGAGGUUGGAAGAGGAGAAAAAGAGGAGAGAAGAAUUGGAAAGGAAGGUUCAGGAUAUCAUGUCCACCAAGAAUGUGGAGAAGAUGGAGAAGGUCUGUCCUGAAGGGUCAGAUAGACAGCAUGAAAAUGUAAACACAAAUGCUGCAAAUGCAAAUAUGGUGCUCUUAGAGAAACAGCUGCAGCUUGAAAAAAAGCAUGUAAAGCAUGCUAAAAAGGUGG